ACUUUCAUAUGAGGUGUCUACGUAUUCAAAUACGAACUUUAUAAUUUGUUCUAUAAUAUAUAAUGAAAUUUGUUUACAUAUUAACUUGUAUUGAAUUUUGGCAAGUUUUAAAGAUAUAUAAUAAAUAAUUAUAUAUGCAUUAGUUUUGUGCGAAGUGCUAAAGGUAACAUUUAAAAGACAAAAUAAAAGUGUUAUUAUUUUCUCACGAUGUGGAACAAGUACUUAUUUGGUGAAUUCGUCAUUCUACUUCUUGUCUGCUGCACUGAUGCUCUAAAAGGGCAUUGCAACAAAGAAGAGGACUUAUUACAACGAUGCUCGAUGGCGCUGCCCGUUUUAAGCUCACCGGAAAUAUCCUUCGCAUUGACCAGGGAAGAACUUGAUAAGAGUUGCAUUGGAUUGCGCGCUGGUAUUAAAUGCAUAGACAAUUACACUGAAGUAUGUAUGGAGAAACAUGAACAAAUUGUCUUUAGGAAAAUAUAUUCUGGUAUUACGGAAGUCGUCAAUGAGUUGUGUACUAGAGGAGCUUAUCAAAAUGAAUACUUGAAGCACGCUGAUUGUGUAAAGAAUGUGAGGUCGGAAUACGAAGUUUGCAGCAGAAAUUACGAAGUGACGUUAACUUCGUUGAGCAAUCAUCAAGCUAGCGACCAGUAUCAUACGGAUCAGCGCGAUAUCAACCAUGAAGACACCAUGAGAACAGUCUGUUGUUCAUUCCAAGAGUACCUACUAUGUUCCGAGCGGACGGUACAGCGGUCAUGCGGCAACGAAGCGGCUCACUUCACUAACACCUUUCUGAAGCGGAUGGCUUCUAAUAUUAUAAAGAACUACUGCCUAGAAUAUCGGGGCUCCGAAUGUGGUUUGCCAGACGACGCUUCCCUCCCAACACAGAGCGUAUUUUUGUUAGGUGUGGUCAUCUUUACGCAACUAAUUCUGUAUUUAAGUGGCAAUUUGGUGCCAGCGUAAACUAGUUUUUGAAAUUGUUGGAUAGAAAAACAGCGAAUUUAAAAUAGACACUGUGGCUUAGUGUACAAGUUUGCUGCAAGAGUGCAAUUCUCCGUGAACUAUAAAUAAUGAUUGAGCCAGUUCCUUUGGUGAAAUUGAAACUAAAUAGUUAAGUAUCUAAAUAUUGGUGGCCAUUCCGAUACGUAUACUUUCAUGAUUAAUUUAAAAGACAUUAAUAGUGUUAAUGUCUUUUACACAUUUCUGUUUUAGUUUUUCCAUAGUAAUUAGUUAAAACGUGAUGUUUUUCCCCGUUUCGUUGUUUUCUUCAUAAGAUUAUUUUUUUACGCCAUCGUUUGGAUACUGAUCUCGAUUACGGUGUUCGAUAAUUCCGACAACGAUAACUCUUACCUACAAAAAUAGUUAGUUCACUUUAUAUACUUGUUUUCUUUUUAGAUUUUUUAGAUAAAUGUAAUGGAUAAAUGAAUUAGUUACAUAUAAGUAUCCUACGCUAUUUGUGAAAUCAAAUUAAUAUUAAAUUUUGAAGUUUAGGAAAUGAAACUAUUUUUCGGAUCUGAAUCACGCCUAUUUGCUCUUUCAAACAAACCAACGUUUCGGGUAAUUUACAGAUCCCAUGGUCCCGGUUGACUGAUCAAUGAAGUGUUGGUUUAUUUGAAGGAACACAUACGCGACUUAGUUCCGAAAUUUUAUUUUCUAUGUGUAACAACCGUGAAAACCUAAGAAAUCGAAAUUUUGGAGUUUUUUAGAAGUAUGCUUGUCGCAAUGGACCUUAUAUUGACAUAAUCUCAUACAAUAUUUAAAGUCUAGUAGAAUGUUGGUCCGGUUUGUUUGUAAUGAAGAAACUUCCAAGAAGAUACAUAGGUGUAAUGUAAGUAACAGGUAUCUUACAAAGGUUUUGUACCUUUGAUUUAGUUCUUUUUGUGUUGUCAAGUUUUAAACUGUGGUGUUUGGAAUGCAAAAAGAUAUAUGAGCUUUAAGAAUAAACUCGUGAAUGAGAUGGGUUUUGAGAUUUGGCUUUUGUAUCACCCAACGUCGUCGUAUUUCAAAUACAAACAAACAAGUUCUCAUGUAAGAUUGGCUGGCAAUUUCUCAAAAGAAUGUUCUAGAUGUGCUUUAGAAUAAUAUCAAAGUAUUUUAAGGAAAUCAUUUAUUUAUUUUUCUUUGAAUGCCAAAUAUUUUAUAACCAAAUGUUUUUAUUUUUUUGCGACCAAAAUAACUCCUAGAUCAAGUAUUUUUUGUAACGUUUUUAUUCCGCUAAUAAUUUUACAAAAUCCUGUCAAUAGAAAUACUUUGUUUGCACAGUCUAAUAUCAUUUAAUUUCAAAAAAUUUUAUUUCCGGCUUCAUAAAAAAGUUUGCAGGGGAGCGUUUGAUGAAAAAUAGAUACUAAAUAGGAACGAAUUUAUUGUAAUAAAUAUGUUAUGUACUUUAAAAGUACCAUAUUAAUUGAAAUAUUUAUAUUGUUUUAAUCACAAUUGGUUGCUCAAUUUACUACUGAAAUUUGAAAUAAUUU